AUGACCGUCGAAACUUAUACAAUCCACCCCACUAACAAAUACUAUCGCCCACCUCCACCAUCGACAAUAGCACUUCAUGGUCUGGAUCUUCUCAGUGAUCCCAUACACAUCCGCAAUCACCGGUUCUUCCACCGUCCGACCAGCACUACUACUGACGUAAUCGAUAAACUGAAAUCCUCUCUUGCCGAGGCACUCGAGUUGUAUCCACCAGUUGCAGGAACUGUGCGAGCCAAUGAAAAGGGCGAGCUGUACAUCGCAAUGGAUGCCGAAAAUAUAUUGGGUACACCGUUUUUGGUUGAAAUGAAAGACGCGCCAUAUGCUGGCGAUACGGAAGAUCUAUCUCCUCGAACUGUCGUGUUGCUACCUCCAUUAUCAAGCACAUUAGCAGUGAAAGUAACUCAGUUUUCCUGCGGAACCAUAGCCGUAGCCUCUUCCAUACACCAUCAAGUCACUGAUCUACGUGGCUUUCUCGAUUUUCUUGAACUCUGGGCUCAACUCGCUCGAGGGGAACCCAUCGACUUUACAAAAAUUCCAGAUGAUUGGUGUCAUAAUCCCGGCCGAUUUUUUCCUGGUCUGAUCAGAGAAUCAUCAUUCCCAACGCCUCCUCCUCCUCCAUUCACGGUCCUUCCUGCUCCGGCAACCGGGCCACCUCUAUGUUUAUUGGCAUCAUCAGAAGUUACAAGAUGGAAAUUUACCAAAAGCGCUAUGAAACGAUUAAAAAUUGAUUUCUCGCCUUCUGCUGCUUCUUCCAAAGAACACAAGUCUGAUCUGUGGAUUUCAUCGGGCGAUGCACUUGCUGCUCUUCUUUGUGGUGUCAUUACACGUGCUCGUGAAAAUGCAAAAGUGGCAAGAUUGCAAGGAAGAUCUAGUUUGGAGUCACAAACCGAGAAAAUUGCGAUGGCCGCUGAUGGUCGAGACAGAUCUCCUCAAGGAAACAUGUCUGGUGGACGAUACUUUGGAAACUUCAAUCCACUCUGGAGUGCCACUGUUUCUCGCUCCGAUUUAUUGUCCCUCACUAGUGAGUCAGCUUCUCGUGUCGCUCUCGGGAUAAGAAACGCUUUAAACCUUCAACUUUCCCCCGAAUCCAUUGCCCACAAGAUUUCAUUCUUCGAAGAUCCCCGAAACACCAAACCUCCUGGUCGUAUUGUUUGGUCAGCAGAUGUCAUAUUGACCAAUUGGUGUCGAUUUGAUUUACAAGGUCCAAAAUUAGAUUUUGGUUGGGGAAAACCUUUUUGUGCAACGGCCGGUGCUGGUGGUACUUAUCCACCUGGAUACUGCAUGAUGACGCAGGAGAAGAGUUCUGGAGAUGUUUUUGUUAUGAUGACAGUGGAACAGGAAGGAGCGGAUGGUUUAAAAGCUGACUCACUGUUGAACAAGUAUGCAACACUGGUCACAGCUCAUUAA